AUGUUUCGAAGACCCGUAUUACAGGUACUUCAUCGGUUUGUAAGACAUGCGUCCGAAACAGCUGCCGGUUUGGUUCUUCAAAGAUCCCUGAAUCGUGUGCAGUUACUUGGGCGAGUGGGUCAGGACCCUGUCUUGAGACAGGCGGAAGGAAAAAAUUCAGUCACAAUAUUUUCUCUAGCAACAAAGGAGAUGUGGCGAUCAGGGGAAAGUGAAGUUUACCAAAUGGGCGAUGUCAGUCAAAAGACAAUGUGGCACAGAGUAUCAGUAUUCCGGCCAGGCCUCAGAGAUGUGGCAUAUCAGUAUGUGAGAAAGGGGUCUCGAAUUUAUGUGGAAGGGAAAAUAGACUAUGGUGAAUACAUGGAUAAAAAUAAUGUGAGGCGACAAGCAACAACAAUCGUAGCUGAUAAUAUAUUUCGAGUGACCAGACAAAAGAGGAGUGGAAUGGAUCACCUUCUUUGGCCAUCAUUUGGUACAGUCUCUUCCAAGUCAUUUAUAAUCCUUACACUUCCCAAGGACAAGAAUUAA